GCUCGGGUGCUGAUUCCAGCACUGCUGUGGGCUCUCAGGGCUGGGCAUGAAGCCGGGGGUGCACAGAGCCUGGGUGCCGCAGAGCACCCUCGAAACGGACUUCCCUCUGCCCCUGGGCAGUGAGCAGUACGUGACGCUGCGGGGGCCGCGCUGUGCACCAGUGGUGAGGCAGGCGGUGCGCUGGAAGAUGACCCCCCUGGGCAGGGAUGCAGCGGGGCAGAGCUGGUGGACGGAGCCGAGCUGCCACGGGGCAGAGGACGUCAGGGACGGCCUCACCCAUGGCACUGCCUGGCAGCGCUCACACGGCCCUCCUGAACUGGAGCCGCUGCCCCCUGUCUAUGACCAGCACCUGCGGGAGGUUGCCUGCUGGGAUCCCACUGUCCCUGCUGCCUACCCAGGGCCUGGCACGCGUUGGGGAGCCUUCCUGUGGCAGGAGUGCCCCAUCCUGGGCAAGGAGUACGUGGCCACCCGCAGCCAGAGCACUGCGGGGCCGGGGGGCAGCUCAGGGUACGUCCCUUUGCUGUCCUUCUGCAGCCCCCAAACCACCGCCCGGGACGUCUGCACCUGGAGCCUCCUGCAGCACCAGCCCUCGACCUCCCACAAAUAACAGCGCUGCGAGUCUGCUGCUGCUAUGGGGGGGUGAGGGGAGGGCAAAGCCUCUGUGCACAGCCCGAGGAACAGAGGAACCGUCAGCCUUGUGGUGGGGGACCCCGUAACACAGACGGCCCGUGCAGCACAGGUAGCACCACGUCAGCUCUUUAUUAAUAAAAAUAGUUCAGUCUC